UAUGAUAGAGCAUCAAGAUCUUGGAGUAAAGACUCUCGAAGUUACAGACGAUCGCUAUCAAGCUUCCGGCCAAACAACACCUGCAAAAUCUCCAAGAGGGCCUCCCAAAAAGAGCUGGCUAAGAGAUUUUGAAGACCCUGAAUCUGAUACAGGAAAACCGCAGCAAACAACGCCCGAAAAAGUAAAAUCAAGAUGGACAAGAUAUUCUCAAGUGGAAGAAGUUAAAGAGGAAGCCGGAAAUAAACCAAUUUGCCAUACUAUCGGAUAUGAAGAAAUAAUAGAUAAUUUAUACUUGUGGGUUGAUAAAAGGAAACGAAAAAAGCAAAAUGAAGAUAUGCAGUGUGAAUGUGAUCCUCCAAGUAAAGAUGAUAUUUUAGAGGGUAUUAAAGGAUGUGGAGAUGAUUGCAUAAAUCGAAUGUUACAAAUUGAAUGCAAUCGAUCUCAAUGUAAAUGGAAAGAUUUGUGCUCAAAUCAGAGAUUUAGUAAACAUGAAUAUCCUAAAACUGAAACGUUUGAUGCUGGACUAAAAGGCAAAGGUCUUAAAGCUCUUGAAGAUAUAUAUGCAGGUGGAUUCAUUAUUGAAUAUGUCGGAGAAGUUAUACAUUUUAAAAACAUGCAUAAAAGAUUAAAAGAAUAUAAAAAACAAAAGUUAACUCAUCAUUAUUUGCUGCAAUUAAGUGCUGAAGAAGUUGUUGACGCAACAAGAAAGGGGAAUAGAUCCAGGUUUAUUAAUCAUAGCUGUGAUCCUAAUUGUAAAACCGAUAAGUGGACUGUGAAUGGUGCUGUUAGAAUUGGGUUUUUUGCUAUAAGGUCAAUAAAAGCAGGGGAAGAGAUAACUUUCGAUUACAAAUUUGAAAGAUUUGGUGGAACAGAGCAAAAAUGCUAUUGUAAAGCCGGAAAUUGUAGGGGGGUUAUUGGACAAAAGAGUAACUUGCCAACCGAGGGCGAAAUUAAACAACAAAAUGCUGCAUCGGCUAGCAUGAGAAGGGAUGAAAAAUUAACUGAAAUAUUUGAUGCUGUGACAAAGUUUGAACAAAAAUGCCAUGGGAAAUUGAGGAGAAAGGAACAUGUUUUACAAUUAAGUAGGUUUAUGUUACAUGCUGAUACGCCAAAGUGCAGGGAAAUUUUAUUAGAAAUACUUAAGCAAACCACUGAAUUAGCUUGUUUGAGAUCUUUUCUGGAUUUUCAUGGAUUAAAAUUACUCUGGAGUCUCGCUGUUGAUCCGAACUUUGAUUCCGAAAACGAUAAGCUUGAGAUUCUGGAAAUACUAGAAAAACUGCCAAUUCUACACAAAACUGGUGUUCGCGAAAGUCGAAUUAUUGAAACAUUAGAAAAAUGGAAACGAGACUGUCAAUUAUUUACAAGUGAGAAUGAACUUGAAAGAUCGAUCCCAGUCGAAGAUGAUGAAGAAAAAAUGGACCAACAGGAAGGUGAAAAAGACCACGAAGAGAAAGAAGAAUCUGUUGUCGAUAGUACUAGUGGAGAGCCACCCGAAGAACCCAAAGAGGAAAAACAGGAAGAAAAGAAAGUUGAAGAGGCGGAAGAUGAAGAUAAACAUGACAAAUUGAAAGAAAAGUUAGCUUUAACCAAAAAGGUUACAGCACUCUGUGAUAAACUAUUGGCUAUAUGGAAUGAAUUAAAUGAGGAAUUUAAAAUUCCUAAAAAAACAAGGAAGAAAAGUGAAGAAGAGGCCGAACCUUAUCCCUCUUCAAGAUCUAAACCCCCCGAAAGAGAAACCCUGAAAUUCGACAGGAAAAAAGAUGAUAAACCUGAAGUUGAGAGAUAUCGACGAACAGCAAGAUUUCUUCCAAACUACAAUCAAAAAAGGGGCAUAUCGAAAGAGGAAAGACGAAGGGCCUUUGAAGAAGCCGUUAAACAAGAAGAACUUCGGGAAAGCAUGAAUGAAGUAACACCUGUGUCAAGCUUUAAACUAUCCGGUCAAGAAUUUUUCGAAGUUAAUACACCCAGAACAAAUCUUCCACCCGUCGUUCAGCCUUCUGCUUUUACAGUGCCUGUGGUUUAUGCAGGUCAUCAAGUGCCUGUAGUAUACGGAGCUCCUACCGUUCCUUCUGAUCAUACAUUUGUUUCGUGGAACCCAGCGCCGCCUCCUCAGGAACCUUCAUCGUCGGUAUCCAAUUUUGAAGAAAGGCUAUCCGAUGUUUUUGCUUCUCAGGGUACACCUCCAUCAGAUCCUAGAGCAAGACCAAAAGUACCUCCUCCUCCCCCCAAGCCCAUAUCUAUUAGCAAAAAGUUGCCAAAAAGUUGGAAAAUUGCUCAUGACGGUGACGGAACACCAUAUUAUUAUAAUAUAAAAACAAAGGAAACACGAUGGUCCCCUCCACCUCCUAGUCCUGAAUCAACUGAAACCAAUUUGCAAGAGAAGACAAAAGAAAAAGAAAAAAGGAAAAGAAUUAAAGAUGAGAAAGAAAAUAUGAUAAAACGAGAAAAGAAAUUUAAAGAUAAAUUUAAAAAAGCCAUAUCGGCCUAUGUUGUCCACGUUUUAAAUCCUUAUCAUAAAACGGAUUGCAAGCAGGGCAGAAUAAAAAACAAUGAUGAUUUUAAGACCUUAGCACGAAAAUUGACUCAUUUAAUUAUGAUGAAAGAAUUAAAACAUUGUAGAAAUAUUCAAGACUUGGAAGUUAAUUUGGAUGUAAAGUCUAAAGCAAAGUCGUUUAUUGAAACCUAUAUGCAAAAAUUCGAUAAAGAAUAUAAGCCGGACCCUUCGGAUAAAACUACUGUGAGGGUGAAAAGUUCAAAAUCGAAGACGAGAAAGGAAAGGGGAAAAUUAUUAAAAAAACAAGUAGAAUCCACCGAAACGAGUGCUGGGGAAGAAUCUUCAUUAAUGAUGCCAGAUAGUUCGAUUUCACCGUCCAAUAUAACCAAAAACGAUUCUAGUUCGAAUACGAAAAGCGAAGAGAUAAAUAAUUAUUCAAUAGGAUCAUCUGAUGAGGAGGAUGAUGAAGAUGAUGAUGAUGAAGAAACUGAAGACAACGAUAAAAACAGUAGCGCCCAAAGCGUAAAUUCACCAACUUUUAACGUUGAAGAAGUUAGUGUUGACGCAUAG